UAAUAGACCUUAUGCUUUUAAUUUCUUCUAUAAUGGAACACUCUACUUCAUGGGACCUAGCGCGGCGGAGGUGGCAAGGGGCGGCUCUUCCUGUAUCUGCCCUAUGUGGGAAUUGUGACCAAACGGGCAUGUCCGCUAAAUGCGAGCCGACCGGCCUGUCAAAGCUCAAGGGCUUCUUUGCUCUUGACGCCGAUUUGGGACGCCUGAUCCGCUAUCAAGCAUUUCACGAACUAGUACUUCAAUGAGGACCUGUUCCAGAAAAUCUACAUCACCCGCAUUCUUGCACCCCGGCUUGUGUAUACCAGUAGUACAAACCAUAUGCUUGAGUCCAAUGCGGCAAUAACAGCUGUUUUGGUUUUGCAUAUUCUGUGCCGUCUCUCUUUGGCCUCAGUCUGCUAGCCUAUUCAAUCAACAUUCCCCAACACCGGCUCCAAAAUAUUUUGGACGGCUGACUGAUAAUCGUCACGUGCUGCUUGUGAAUCCCCGUCAUCUUCGUUCCUGUGAGCGCAAUUUCAGUCUCUGCUUCACUGACAAGAUGGGACGCGCUAUUAUCAUGUGCACGCAUGCAGACGAUGCGGAAGCACUGCCCUGCUCUGGUUCCAGCUGCACAUGCCGCUCAUCUCGCGAAUUAUUUGUGCUUAUGCUGCUGACUUUGCCGAGAGGAAGCAAUUAAGAACUUGGGAUUCUACUGUCUUGCUACUUCACGCAGGCGCUGUGUGUUCCUGUCAUGUUUAUUUGGCCGGGCCACUCUAGACUAGCCCAUCGAUGACGACGCCCGCUCUAAACAUUAUCUGCCACAGUUCUGGCUACUGCUGCCCAGACCGCCGGUCGGAGUCAUCACAGGGUGUCUGAGCACGGCCAAGCCUGAUCGCCAAGCUUCAUGGCACAGCCAUGGCGCUGCCGGCGGCGGUGCUUGCCUACGGGAUCACCUUGAGGAUGGGCUCCAGCUGGCGAUACAGAGGAGCACAGCCUUACUUUAAUAAAAUAUCUAGCUAAUGAAUA